AUGCAAAAUCCAGCUGAUUGCGGAACCCGAGGCCUAACACCAGUCAGUUUAUCAAUUUUCAGGCUAUGGUGGUCCGGCCCAGAGUGGUUGCUGUCAGAUGAAGAUUCCUGGCCGAAAUUUAGCACGACUGAAUUGCACAUCAACGAAGAAAUAGCUGAAGUUAAAAGGAAGCCGCUUCAAGCAAAUUUCACGAUUUGUCAAGACUCCGUUAUUCUUCGGUACUCGUCGCUAACGAAAACCGUACGCGUUUGUGCGUACAUUCUCCGUUUCGUGCAGAAUAGCCAAGUUCAGAGCUGUGCCCGCAUAAGUGGACCCUUGUCGGUCACCGAGCUAAACCAAAGUCUAUCAGGGGUUGCCAGGCUCGUACAACAAGAAACAUUCAACACCGAAGUACACAACGUUCGCAAUAAAAAGCCUGUUCCACAUAGAAGCAAGCUUACUAGCUUAACUCCGUUUCUUGAUGAGCAGCAAAUUCUUCGUGUGCGUGGGCGAAUUCAGCGCUCUAAUCUUCCAUUUGAUCAGAAGCACCCCAUCAUUUUACCAAGUAAGCAUCAUUUCACUAGUUUGGUUAUCACUCACGCGCACUUAACUACAUUACAUGGUGGUGCGCAGCUUACCUUAACAUAUUUACGACAGCGGUUUUGGAUAAUAAAUGCCAGACGCACUGUGCAAGAACAACUUCGAAAAUGCAUUAAAUGUGUUAGAAAUAAGCCGGAAGUUGGUAGUCAACUGAUGGGCGAACUUCCAUUCCAUCGAGUCAAUCCACCACAACGUCCGUUCCUCGCAACAGGCGUCGAUUACACCGGCGCAAUCGAGCUAAAAUCGUAUAGAUUUCGUGGAAAUACGACAUACAAAGGGUACAUCGCUAUUUUCAUUUCUUUAGCUACAAAGUGCAUUCAUCUGGAAGCAGUCACAGGCAUGUCAACGGAAAACUUCUUGAUGGCCCUGCAACGAUUCAUUGGACGUCGAGGUAUGUGCAAAGACAUCUACAGCGAUUGCGGAACAAAUUUUAUAGGCGUUGACAAGGUACUUCAACCAAAUGAACGUAAAUUUGCGGAGGACAUAGAGCAAGAAGUCGUGCCGAAAUUAGCAAGCCAAG